GAUGAUGUUCUCUCUCUACACAUCUCUCUCUCUCUCUACGACCGACAUUUGUCUUUACAGGUUGACGAUCGAGAGGUAGAGUUCAUACACAGUCAAACACCUUAUGGUGUGAUCAGAAUCAAUUCUUUGAUGGUUUUUUUUGUUGUUGUUAUAUUUUAGAUAAAGAAACUCAAACCCAAAACGCUUUUUGCUUUGUUUAGUUUAUAAAAGGUGGUGGUGGUCGUCGUCGUCGUCGUACGGUGGUUCUGUAGCAAUGGCGGCUCUUCCACUUGUUCAUUAUAAAUCAUAGUAUCUGGUCGUUUAGAUAUUUCUUUGAUAGAAACCCUAAAAAGGGUGCGUGUCAAGAUAGCGAAAUCUAUCACCUUGUUUGUUUCUGGUAUAUUUUUCAUGUGCUUUAUAAAGGUGGCGACGAAUUCCAGAGAUUCCGGCGAUUAUGCCAGCUUGGAUCGCGAUACAGAUGAAGGAGAAAGACGAUCAGCUCCACCACCAGCGCCGCCGCAACCGCAACCGCAAUCGCCACCGGAUAUGUUUUCAUCUGAGUAUAGCAUGUCGGGAGAGUUAUCUGCUAUGGUGACUGCUUUGACUCAUGUUGUUUCUGGACAUGGGUCAGGUGGUCCUAGUGUUUCACCGUUGUUUCGUAGCGGUGGCGGUGGCGGCAGCGGCAGCGGCGGUGGGUAUACCGGGAAUAUUUACUCCAUUGAUUCGCCGCUGUCUACGUAUUCUUCGUCGAGCUCUAGUUCAUUUGCUGGACAAAAAAGGGUUCGUGAUCAAGAAGAAAGUGUUAAUCAAUUUUCAGAACAAUUUCAUCAAAGAAGUUAUGGGGGUUUUGCAGAUUUUGGAGGUGGAGAAUCAUCGUCUUCAUUGGUGAAAGAAGAAAUGAUACCAUCACCCACCACCACUAUGGUGGCCGCCACCGCAACCGUCACUGCCACCGCCACCGUCGUCCAGAAUCCGAUGACGGAAAUGAACCAAUCUGAGGGAACAGGAGAGAGGAGGAGAAAAUACAGAGGAGUACGACAGCGACCAUGGGGAAAAUGGGCGGCAGAGAUACGGGACCCACAUAAAGCAGCACGAGUUUGGUUGGGUACCUUCGACACGGCGGAGGCGGCCGCCAGAGCGUACGAUGAUGCCGCUCUUAGAUUCCGAGGAAACAGAGCUAAACUUAAUUUCCCAGAAAACGUCAGAUUAGUUCCACCUCAAACCAUCCAUCCAACCACCCAAAUUUCGAAUUCUCCGGGGACCCAUUUAACCAUCCUCCAACAACCACCGCUUCAGCCGCCGCACCACCACUUUCGGCCGCCUGACGCCACCGCCGCCCGCGACUAUUGGCAAUACUCGCAAUUACUACAAAGCACCUCCGAUUUCCACCUACAACAACCGCGGGGUAAUUUAUUACAACAAAUGUUUAAUGCAUCAACAAUGGCUUCUUUACAUUCACAAACAUCAAAUCAUUCAUCCUCUUCAUCCACCAGUAAUUAUCCCCUGCUUUUUCCAAACCAGUCAUCUGGUUAUCUUGAUUUCCGGCAGCCAGGUGGCACAGAUCAGGUGGAUGAAGAAGAUUUUCCGGCAGCUCCACCGUCGUGGCCUGGACCUGAUCAAUUCCCACCUCCAAAUUGAUUAAUUUUUUCCAUUUUUAGCAUACUUUAAAGUCUAUACAUAUUUCUAAUUAUACAUAUCAUAUAGAUUUUGUACUAUGAAAUGAGUAAUGUUAUAUCUCUAUAUGUUA